AAAUUAGAGGAUGUCAAAUAAGGAAAAUUGGAACUUCUGAGUAUUAUACGUUGAUCGGUUCACUGGCUCCAUUUUCUUCCACCUCUUUUCUCUUUCUGCCCGUGCGCGCGCUUUCUCUCCUUAGAUCCUUCACGCUGGAACAUUUUUCAGGUGUCAUCAGCAAGAGCAGAAAUGGGACUCAGUUUCACCAAGCUCUUCAGCAGGCUUUUUGCCAAGAAGGAGAUGCGCAUUCUGAUGGUUGGUCUCGAUGCAGCUGGUAAGACCACCAUCCUGUACAAGCUGAAGCUGGGAGAGAUUGUCACUACAAUUCCUACCAUUGGUUUCAAUGUGGAGACUGUUGAGUACAAGAACAUCAGCUUCACAGUUUGGGAUGUUGGUGGCCAGGACAAGAUUCGUCCAUUAUGGAGGCACUAUUUUCAGAAUACACAAGGCCUCAUCUUUGUCGUUGAUAGCAACGAUAGGGACCGUGUCGUGGAGGCAAGAGAUGAGUUGCAUAGGAUGCUGAAUGAGGAUGAGCUUAGAGAUGCAGUCCUACUGGUGUUUGCCAACAAACAAGAUCUUCCUAAUGCUAUGAAUGCUGCCGAGAUCACAGACAAGCUUGGUCUCCAUUCUCUGCGGCAACGCCACUGGUACAUCCAGAGCACAUGUGCAACUUCAGGAGAGGGGCUUUAUGAAGGUCUUGAUUGGCUUUCCAACAACAUUGCUAACAAGGCCUAGAGUGCUACAGCAAUGUUCACGUUAUUGAUUCUGGAUGUAUCAGAUUAUCCCCCAUCCUCCCCGACAAUUGUCUUCUGAAUUAUUGACAUAUACGUUAUUUCAAUGUCUUUAGCCAGCAAACAGUUGCACCGAAUACUUGUUUAUUUGCUUUUAUAGUUAUAUAUAUAUUGUCGUGUCUUCACAUUUUUAAGGAGAAAAUAAUUUAAAUACCUUAACUUUAGGUAGGUGUGAUAUCCCCAUCAUAAACUUGUCUAUGUUAUUUAAAUAUCCCCUUCUUUAGCUAACAUGUGAAAUAGGUACCCUAGCC